CAGUAUCUGUUGUGGGUUCGUUCAAGACAACUAACCCAAUUUUGACUAAACGUCCUCGUUCUUUAAUUCUAUUUCAUUUAUUUUUGUAUUCAUAUUUUUUUUUUUAUUACAAAAAAUAUAUAUAUAUCUGAGUGGUAUUUGUGCAGUGCAAUUAUUUUUUAUUUAAAUUUGCGAAAAUGAAAUCAAUGAUAAUUUUCGGGCUACUAGCCCUUUGUGUAUUUGCCAGCGCUGAAGAGGCCAAAAAAGCAAUUGAAAAUAAGUCAGCGGAACCAGCCGCAGCAGCAACUGAAACAAAAUCAAUAAGCACAGCUGAAAAGAAGCAAGAGAAAAGAGGAAUUUUACAUGGUACUGGCUACGGUUACGGUUCUAGUUAUGGACAUUCUGGAAUUGGCGCCAUUGGUAUUGGCGCCAUUGGACAUGGAGCCAUUGGACAUGGCGCUGUAGUUGGUACUGGUUAUGGCAUUGGUGGUGGAACAGGCUAUGGUGCAGCGAUUUCAGUACCUACUAAUGUACACACCAAUACGGUGGUGCGUAAAGUAGCAGUGCCAUAUCAAGUAGAACGUCACGUACCAUAUCCAGUUGAGAAAACUGUUACGUACCCCGUAAAGGUACCUGUACCACAGCCCUAUCCUGUUGAAAAGACCAUCACUUAUCCAGUGAAAGAAAUUAUUAAAGUACCUGUACAUAUACCACAACCUUAUCCUGUAGAGAAAACAGUGCACGUACAUGUACCAGUACAUGUUGAACGUCCAGUUCCAGUUAAAGUACCAGUUCCACAACCCUAUCCAGUUGAAAAAAUUAUACAAGUCCCAGUCAAAGUACCAGUGCCACAACCCUAUCCAGUUGAAAAAAUAGUGCAAGUACCAGUUAAAGUACCAGUACAUGUACCACAACCAUAUCCAGUUGAAAAAAUUGUGCAAGUUCCAUACAAAGUAGCUGUUGAUCGUCCAUACCCAGUACAUGUUGUAAAACCAUAUCCAGUACCAGUUGAAAAACCUGUGCCAUACACAGUUGAAAAGAAAAUUCAAAUUCCCGUACAGGUACCAAUCGACCAUCCCGUUCCCGUACAUGUCGAUCGUCCAGUGCCAGUGCCAGUGAAAGUACCAGUUCCAAGACCAUACCCUGUUAUUAAAGAAAUUCCAGUUCCAGUUGAACGCAAAGUACCAUACACUGUACAAGUGCCUGUUGAACGUCCAAUUCCAGUUACCAUUGAGCAACACGUGCCGGUAGUACAUGAACGUCAAGUACCUUAUAAGGUACCAGUGUACCAGCCUGUACAUGUUGAAAGUCAUGUUGCGCCAGCAGUUGUUGGGCAUGCCGUAGUCGGCCAUGCUAUUGAAGGUCACGGUCACGGUAUCUCAUCAUACGGUGAUCAUGGUUUUUCAUCAUAUGGCGGACACAUUCACAAAAAGAAGUAGAGAAGUUUUUAUGCUUAAUUAACAAAAAAUAUAAGAAAAUGUUAAGAAGAAAAAGACGUUAAUAGAAAUUAGUAGAGCAUAUCAAGCACGGCCAUUGCUUCAUAAAUGGAACAAAAAAAUCUUUUCUAAUGCUUUCUUAUCUAUCGUUAAAAUUAGUUUUUAGUUUGUGAUAAAUUUAAAGUAAUUGAAGGAGAAAGAAUAAAUUUGUGCAAUGACCAUAUAAUCGUAUUGAAAAUAUAUAAAAUUGGACCGUAUGUGUCAAUAGCUUCUGUUUACGAAACUAGCCAAAACUUAUAGCCUGAAUGUAAGGAGGCAAAAAGGAAGGUAUUUUUAAGCAGGAUGAAAUGGAAAAUAAGUUUUUAUUGCAUUGGACCGAAUAUAAAGGAAAAUUCUUGCACAGAACAUAUCUCAUAAGGAUUAAGUAUCCAGCUAAAAUGGAUUAAACCACUAGGCUAUAACACAUCUGAGACUUAAUACACAAUGAACACCUGCCAAUCUAAAUAUGUUUACUUCGUAAGAGGCACUGCAACGAAUUUCUAAAAUAAAUUUGCAGUUCAAUUUUAUAUAAUUUUAUUCUGUACGGUCUAAUCGACGUCCAACGAACUUGCCCCACAUGUAUUUUUAUUUUUAUAGUUUUAACUCAGCACUUCAACUGCAGCUCCUCAUGGUCUAUAAACGAUUUAGAUUUCUAAUUACAUAGUACAAUUGUUUUUUUCUCUUUCGAAGUUUUAUGUAAAACAAAUAUUUUUUUGUAUUCAUUAUUUGUAUAUAUUUAAUUAUGUAAAUAAAACACUACAAAUCAUAAAAAA